UAUUUUCCGGUUCACUAACCUGUUAACUCUCACGUACCUUCUGUUGCCCUGUGUUCUGCACUAGUCCUUGGAGUCGUUAGGAGGGACUCAGACAGACCCAGGAAACCUCGAAAUGGACUCAUUGGCCUUUGAGGAUGUGGCUGUGAACUUCACCCUGGAGGAGUGGGUUUUACUGGAUUCCUCACAGAGGAAACUCUACAGAGAUGUGAUGCGGGAAAACUUCCAGAACCUGGUCUCAGUAGAAACAAAACAGGAAGAUCGUGACAUUGAAGAUCAGUACAAAAACCAGGGGAGAAAAUUAAGAAGUCCUAUGGUAGAGAGACUCUCUGGAAGUAAAGGCAAUAGUUUCUGUGGAGAAAACUUCACCCUUAUUCCAGCUCUCAAUCUGAAGAAGAAAACUCCUGGUUUAAAACCAUGGGAAUGCAGUGCAUGUGCAAAGGUCUUCAUGCAUCAUUCAUCCUUUAAUAGACACAUGAAAUGUCACAUUGAAGACAAACCAAGAGAGUAUCAAAAGUACCAUGAGAAGGUAUAUAAAUGUAAAGAAUGUGGGAAAGCCUUCAUUUCUCCUAGUUCUCUUAGAACACAUGAAAGGAGUCACACUGGAGCGAAGCCCUAUGAAUGUGAACAAUGUGGAAAAGUCUUUCGAUAUCAAAAAUCCUUCCGACUACACAAAAGAACUCACACAGGGGAGAAACCCUAUGAAUGUAAGGAAUGUGGGAAAGCCUUCAUGUGGGAAACAACUUUUCGAAAACACAUGGUAACUCACACUGGAGAUUUACCUUAUAAAUGUCAGAAAUGUGAGAAAGCAUUCAUUUAUCCCAGUUGUCUUCGAAUGCAUGAAAGCAGUCACAAUGGAGAGAAACCCUAUCAAUGUAAACAAUGUGGAAAAGCCUUUAAAAGUCCUGAAACUAUUCAAAUACAUGAAAGAAUUCACAGAGGAGAGAAACUCUAUGAAUGUAAGCAGUGUGGUAAAGCCUUCAAUCAUUUCAGUUCCUUACAGCUACACAAAAGACAUCACACAGGAGAGACACCGUAUGUGUGUAAAACAUGUUCUAAAGUAUUGAAUACUGCCCGGUCUCUUCGAAAUCAUGAAAGAAUCCACACUGGAGAAAAACCCUAUGAAUGUAAGGAAUGUGGGAAAGCUUUCACAUGGAAAAUAACCCUUCAGAAACACAUGAUAACACACACUGGAGAUGGACCUUAUAAAUGUAAAGAAUGUGAGAGAGUAUUCAUUAAUCCCAGUUCUCUUAAAACACAUGAAAGGAGUCACACUGGAGAGAAACCAUAUCAGUGUGAACAAUGUGGUAAAAGUUAUAGAUAUCCAGCAGUUUUGAAAAUACAUCGAAGGACCCAUACUUGAGAAAAACCCUACGAAUGUAAAAAUGAAGGGAAAACCUUCACUUCUGCAUAUUUUCAAGUGCAUGAAAGAAUUCACACUGGACAGAAACCCUAUCAAUGACAGGAAUGUGGGAAAUCUUCAUUUGCCUCUCAGUUGUUCAAAGACAUGAGACUGCACACUGGACAGAAAUCAUAUAAAAUGUGACGAAUGUGGGAAUGGCUUUUCUGAUCUUAGUAGUUUAUGAAACCGUAAAAGGAUUUACUAGAUAAAACCUUGUUUG